AUGGCAUUGGAGUUCCCGGGCUUGCAGCCGCCGCCGCCGCCUCGUCCAGCACCCCGAGCGCCCCUUCUUCCCGGAGCAGCAGCGGAGAAGGCGAGGCAGAUGGGGCUCAAGGCGCGCAGGGCGGCGGGGGCGGCUGGCGGCGGCGGCGACGGGGGCGGCGGAGGCGGCGGGGCCGCUAACCCGGCCGGAGGGGACGCGGCGGCGGCCGGCGACGAGGAGCGGAAAGUGGGGCUGGCGCCCGGCGAUGUGGAGCAAGUCACCUUGGCGCUCGGGGCCGGAGCUGACAAAGAUGGGACCCUGCUGCUGGAGGGCGGCGGCCGCGACGAGGGGCUGCGGAGGACCCCGCAGGGCAUCGGGCUCCUGGCCAAGACCCCCCUGAGCCGCCCUGUCAAGAGGAACAACGCCAAGUACCGGCGCAUCCAAACUUUGAUCUACGACGCCCUGGAGAGACCGCGGGGCUGGGCGCUGCUCUACCACGCGCUUGUGUUCCUGAUUGUCCUGGGCUGUUUGAUUCUGGCCGUCCUGACCACAUUCAAGGAGUACGAGACCGUUUCGGGAGACUGGCUUCUGCUGCUGGAAACAUUUGCUAUUUUCAUCUUUGGAGCCGAGUUUGCUUUGCGGAUCUGGGCUGCCGGAUGUUGCUGCCGAUACAAAGGCUGGCGGGGACGGCUGAAGUUUGCCAGGAAGCCCCUGUGCAUGCUGGACAUCUUCGUGCUGAUUGCUUCGGUGCCGGUGGUUGCCGUGGGAAACCAGGGCAAUGUCCUGGCCACGUCACUGCGAAGCCUGCGCUUCCUGCAGAUCCUGCGCAUGCUGCGGAUGGACCGGAGGGGCGGCACCUGGAAGCUCCUGGGCUCGGCCAUCUGUGCCCACAGUAAAGAGCUCAUCACCGCCUGGUACAUCGGGUUCCUGACGCUCAUCCUUUCUUCAUUCCUUGUCUACCUGGUUGAGAAAGAUGUACCGGAUGCACAAGGAGGAGAGGUCAAAGAGGAGUUUGAGACCUACGCAGACGCCCUGUGGUGGGGCCUGAUCACACUGGCCACCAUUGGCUACGGAGACAAGACGCCCAAAACGUGGGAAGGCCGUCUGAUUGCAGCUACCUUUUCCUUAAUUGGCGUCUCCUUUUUUGCUCUUCCAGCGGGCAUCCUGGGGUCCGGGCUGGCACUCAAGGUGCAGGAGCAGCACCGUCAGAAGCACUUCGAGAAAAGAAGGAAGCCAGCUGCUGAGCUCAUUCAGGCUGCCUGGAGGUAUUAUGCUACCAACCCCAACAGGAUUGAUCUCGUGGCAACAUGGAGAUUCUACGAAUCAGUCGUCUCUUUUCCGUUCUUCAGGAAAGAACAGCUGGAGGCAGGAGCCAGCCAAAAGCUGGGUCUCUUGGAUCGGGUUCGCCUUUCUAAUCCUCGUGGUAGCAAUACUAAAGGAAAGCUAUUUACCCCUCUGAAUGUAGAUGCCAUAGAAGAAAGUCCUUCUAAAGAACCAAAGCCUGUUGGCUUAAACAAUAAAGAGCGUUUCCGCACCGCCUUCCGCAUGAAAGCCUACGCUUUCUGGCAGAGUUCUGAAGAUGCCGGGACGGGUGAUCCCAUGGCAGAAGACAGGGGCUACGGGAAUGAAUUCCUCGUGGAAGACAUGAUCCCCACCCUGAAGGCUGCCAUCCGGGCUGUCAGAAUUCUACAAUUCCGUCUCUAUAAAAAAAAAUUCAAGGAGACUUUGAGGCCUUACGACGUGAAGGAUGUGAUUGAGCAGUAUUCCGCAGGACAUCUCGACAUGCUAUCCAGGAUAAAGUACCUUCAGUCAAGAAUAGACAUGAUUUUCAGCCCUGGACCUCCAUCAACUCCAAAACAUAAGAAGUCUCAGAAAGGGGCAGCGUUCACCUACCCAUCCCAGCAAUCUCCCAGGAACGAACCAUAUAUAGCCAGAGCAUCCACAUCGGAAAUUGAAGACCAAAGCAUGAUGGGGAAGUUUGUGAAAGUUGAAAGACAGGUUCAGGACAUGGGGAAGAAGCUGGAUUUCCUCGUGGAUAUGCACAUGCAGCACAUGGAGCAGCUGCAGGUGCACGUCACGGAGUACUACCCCACCAAGGGGACCUCCUCACCAGUCGAGGUGGAGAAGAAAGAGGACAACAGGGAUUCCGAUUUGAAAACCAUCAUCUACAACUAUUCCGAGACAGGCCCCCCCGACCCCCCCUACAGCUUCCACCAGGUGCCCAUAGACAAAGUCGGCCCCUAUGGGUUUUUUGCCCACGACUCAGUGAACCUGCCCCAAGGGGGACCCAGUUCUGGAAAGGUCCCAGCGACACUUUCCUCUUCGGCAAAAACAUAUGUAGAAAGGCCCACCGUCCUGCCUAUCUUGACUUUUCUCGACUCCCGAGUGAGCUACCACACCCAAGCUGAACUGCACGGCCCGUACUCGGACCGGGUCUCCCCCCGGCAAAGACGCAGCAUCACGCGGGACAGUGACACCCCUCUGUCCCUGAUGUCGGUCAACCAUGAGGAGCUGGAACAGUCUCCCAGUGGCUUCAGCAUCUCCCAGGACAGAGACGAUUAUGUGUUUGGCCCAAGCGGGGGGUCGAGCUGGAUGAGGGAGAAACGUUACCUCGCCGAGGGGGAGACAGACACAGACACAGACCCCUUCACACCCAGUGGCUCCAUGCCGCUGUCGUCCACAGGGGACGGGAUCUCUGAUUCUAUAUGGACCCCUCCCAACAAGCCCAUUUGAAAGGGGUUGUGGGCUGACUCCUCCUUGUAAUGUAGACAGACUUUGUAUAGCUCACUCGCUCUCACCUCCGACUCUAACCAGCGAGAUCACCAAUGGCUGCAUCGAUCGCAUGCAUGUGCGUGGCGGCCCCACCUGGGCAGGGGCUUGACAUGGCCUUUUUCCUCCUCAUGUCACCACAAUGAAGCCGCUUCCUUCUAAGCAUGGUUUGCAUGACUUUACACUAUAUAAAUGGUACCGCUAAUCUCUUCUAGGAUACACAUUUAUCUGCUGUUCUUACUUUGAAUCACGCUUGGACCAGUACAGGGAGAAAUCGCCGAUGAGCUGUGCUGUCUGGUUGGCUGCUUUGGGUUUUGGUUUGGUAAACAGGGCUGGUAGUUUAAGUUAGUUCUCGGAUCACUGCCCCUUUGUGUAAAACAUUCCAGUGAUUAACUGUUUUCUAAAGCAAGCAAAUAAUUUUCUCGACAAAAAUGUAUUACAUAUCAGUGAGGCUGCCUACUGAGCUGAAGCGUUAGGAAAGGAAUGAGAUUGUCAUUGCGUUCCCCCAAACCAAGAAUUUUAAACGUUGUCUUUUUAAGGAAAAACUGGCAAAACCAUCUAAAAGCUCUCAAAGGGACCUCACUUGGUCUGCCGUUGUCUAGUAUCAUGCCUCAGUUUCCUCAUGUGUAAAAGGUCGUGGUAAUCCCAAAUUAGCAUUUUGGAUGAGUUAUGAAUUGGUGAGGAGAAAGCAUACACACACGCGCUAAUAUAGUUCCCAAUUUUGUAGCCAAAGAUAAUGAAUUUGGUGAGAAGCCUCUCUGGGAAGGAGUGAAGUUCACUGCCUUCAAAAUGAGGGUCCAACUGACAUUCCUUCCCAUGAUACUUGUACAAAAUAUCCAUCUCAAAUAGAAAGUAGAGUCAAGAGGGCACAGCAAUUAUCUGGUCUAAGUCUUUCUUUGUAAAAAUGAGAAACCUUUGGCUCAGGCAAAAAGACAUGCCCAGGGUCACUCCACUGUCCCCUGGAGAGCUGGGACUCAAAGCCCAGUGAGCUGACUUGCUCCAUGCCCUGGUCUCCUCCUAUGACACCACUCUGCAGUUUAUACAAUGGGACCCAGAAAUCGUGCCAAGAUACCUGUGCUCUGUGUCAUGUGGAAGGCACUCACGACACAGUUUAUUCAGCGGGAGGGAGCUCUCUGCCUUUAUUGCAAAACAUGCUCACUUGAUGCGUUGCAUUUUGGAUCCAGAAAAAAAAGUAAUACAAGCAAGCUACAACGUUUAUUAAUAUGCAAAUGGACCAAAUUUCCAGAACCAUCCAAUUUUACUCCUCCAGAUUUUUUAAACCACAUAUAUCCAUAAGACUGGCUAAAGUGUAAGCAGACAAUCUGGAGAGCACUGCCCUACUGAAUAAGUAUUAAUAUUGAGUACAAGCCAUCCUGUUGCCUCUUAUGAGAUGUCUCAACUCUCUGAAACACUUUGAUGGAAAAGGUUUUGGCUAGCUUGAGUCAGAUCAGCUAAAUGAUAUACCACCGUAUUAUUGUCUUACUCUUUUCACACAUCUAAGCACCGGUUGUGGUUGGUGGCCACAAUGACCAUCAGGAUGACCAUAUGGCCUAAACAAAUGUCUACAUGCAAACGCCACUUAUGACCUCCCCCACAGCCUUGUCAAGAGCCAUAGUAGCUGUGGCAGACAUCUGGUUGAUGGUUUCAUUGUUGCCUAAUGCAGGGGUCUUAUACUAUGUCAGAGAGAGGAGCUACUUUCUCAGAGAUUGGUUCCUUUCAACCCACGUGAACAGGUACUGUGCAAAAGGCUCAGAGUAGAGUAAAAAUGAAGGCCUGGUUCCUAACCUUAGGAAUUCACAACAAAGCCUGACGUCCCUAGCCAAGGGCGGGCAUUGUGAGAGGUAGAAAGGGAGUUUUACUGGAGAGCCCCACAAAUGGAUAGGUGUGGACCUUGAAGUCUGAGGUGGGAAAUACACAAGAAUGAUCACACACAUCAGACGUGAAACCCCCUCCCCAAUGGCUUGCCAUUUGACCUUCCAGCACUCUGAAGGGCAAAGGGCAUGGAUCAUUUGUCCUUCUCUCAGCUCCCUUAAAAUACCUGAAAGUACCAUUGAAGUUGACAACCUAAGAAACCCUAUGCCCCUUCCUUA